AUUUUCAAAAAACAAGCUCUCUUCCUGGCUGGAAGCUGAUUGGCUGAGACCCGACUGACGCAAAAGCAGACCUAAGUAACGUACGGUCAACGUCACGCGAUACUUGGAGGAAGGUGGAGCCACAUUGAGGUUCACUACGAUCAUCUUAAAAUGACCAUUUUUCACAAUAGUGCGAUGAUCCGAAAAACCAAAGUGAGUGUGUGGAGAGCAUGGAGGACGCUUACAGUACGCCUGCAGUGCUCCUCUGUUAGUUCAUCUGCUGGACCUGCUUCUCUGGACGGAUCAGGCAACGCAUCCUCCGUUUCAUCUGAAAAACCUCUUCAUACUCCUGUCAUGGUUAAAGAGGUGCUUCACUACUUAAAUAUUCAACCAGCUCAGGUGGUCCUGGACAUGACAUUUGGCGGUGGUGGUCAUACCAAAGAAAUUCUAAACACGGUUCCCGAAGUCACAGUUCUGGCUCUGGACCGAGAUCCUUCAGCUAUUUCUCUGGCCCAACAGCUUGCCAAACAACACCCAGGCCGCGUGAAACCAUUGCUGUGCCGCUUUAGUGAGCUUGAAGCUUCGCUGUGUCGCUUGGAGGUGAAGCCAGGCAGCAUUGAUGCGGUCUUGUUGGACGCUGGCUGUUCCUCCAUGCAGAUGGAUCAGGCAGAGAGAGGCUUCUCCCUCAGCAAAGAUGGGCCCUUGGACAUGAGGAUGGACGCAGAGAGGUACCCUGACAUGCCCUGUGCUGCUGACGUGGUGAAUACCUUAGAUCAACAAGCUCUUGCAUCCAUCCUCACUGCCUAUGGAGAAGAAAGACACGCCAGGAAAAUAGCCUCGGCCAUCGUAGAGGCACGCCGGGUCAGCCCCAUCACUCGGACACAGCAGCUGGCCAGCGUGGUUGCAGGAGCAUUUCCUCCUGCAGUCAUCUACGCACGCAAAGACAGACUUCACAGAGCAGCUCACGUGGCCACUAAAACCUUUCAGGCUCUGCGCGUCUUUGUGAACGAUGAGCUGAAUGAACUGCUCGCAGGCCUGCGCGCCGCCCAGGCAGUGCUAAAACCUGGAGGACGCCUCUGCGUGAUCACCUUUCAUUCACUGGAGGACAGACUGGUCAAGCGUUUUCUUCAAGGGGAGGACUUGUCAAACCUGGAUCACUUUAGCCAACGGAAGCACAGCAGGAGUAAAGAGAAGUUGCUGGAUAGCAGGAACUCAAGCAGCAGCUGGAUCCCUCUGCGGAAAAAAGUGAUCAUCCCCGAAAAGGACGCCGUAAGAGACAAUCCCCGAGGACGCUCCGCCAAACUCAGAGCAGCACUACGAAAUUAAAUUUGUUGACUAUGACAGUUUAAUUAUUUUGUUUUUAAGCUACUUUUUUUAAGCUACUUUUUGUACCCUAACUGCACAAAUAGGAAUUCACAGAAAACCACUUCAGCAGAGAUGGAGUUUGUCAAUUCUAAGAAACCAGUUUUGAUUGUUGGUACAGAUGUUAUUGAUUCCCGCUGGUUCGUUUCAGAGCUUCACAGUGAGGCUGAAUAUCCCAAAUUAAAGAAUCAACCUCAGUUGAGUUAAUCA